AGUGACCUUCAGUGCCCACUGGAUUCCAAAGCUCAAUUCUCUGUGCAAUGAUUCCAACUCCAGGGAUCAGUGUCUGAAGUGAAGCUACAGAUUGUCUGGUGGAUAAAUAAUCCAAGAAGGAAAGGGGGAUGUUAUGACUUUUUGAGAGAAGGCUAACAUGUCAUCCUUGACAGAUAAACUUUAAAAAAUAAUAAUAAUGGAAACGAAGAAAGAAAACAACAGAAGAUGAGAAUAGCAAAAGAGCUAGAAAUUUCCGACAGGGUCUCAAGAGCAUGCUCAAGUCAUUCACGUUUCCAUCAAAUACAGACACAGAUCAGGGAAGGUUAAACCCUACUAAUUUCUCGUCGGAUGCUUCAGAACAAGGUGCCUUCCAAGAACUAAUGGCCAAAAUAUCCACCCACAACACAAAUAAGCUUAGAAAAUCUCUUCUUACAAUCCUGACACAAUGGAAGUUUCCCUAAACCACCCAGCAUCUAAUACAACCAGCACAAAGAACAACAACUCGGCAUUUUUUUACUUUGAGUCCUGUCAACCCCCUUCUCCAGCUUUACUCCUAUUAUUCAUAGCCUAUACUGUGGUCUUAAUUGUGGGCCUUUUUGGAAACCUCUCUCUCAUCAUCAUCAUCUUUAAGAAGCAGAGAAAAGCUCAGAAUUUCACCAGCAUACUGAUUGUCAAUCUCUCCCUCUCUGAUACCUUGGUGUGUGUCAUGUGCAUCCGUUUUACUAUCAUCUACACUCUGAUGGACCACUGGAUAUUUGGGGAUACCAUGUGCAGACUCACAUCCUAUGUGCAGAGUGUCUCAAUCUCUGUGUCCAUAUUCUCACUUGUAUUCAUUGCUGUCGAAAGAUAUCAGCUAAUUGUGAACCCCCGUGGCUGGAAGCCCAGUGUGACUCAUGCCUACUGGAGCAUCACACUGAUUUGGCUGUUUUCCCUUCUGCUGUCUGUUCCCUUCUUCCUGUCCUACCACCUCACUGAUGAGCCCUUCCACAACCUCUCUCUCCCCACUGACCUCUACACCCACCAGGUGGCCUGUGUGGAGAACUGGCCCUCCAAAAAGGACCGGCUGCUCUUCACCACCUCCCUUUUUCUGCUGCAGUAUUUUGUUCCUCUAGGCUUCAUCCUCAUCGGCUACUUGAAGAUUGUUAUCUGCCUCCACAGGAGAAAUGCGAAGGUAGAUAAGAAGAAGGAAAAUGAGGGCCGGCUCAAUGAGAACAAGAGGAUCAACACAAUGUUGAUUUCCAUCGUGGUGACCUUUGGAGCCUGCUGGCUGCCCCGAAUAUCUUCAAUGUCAUCUUUGACUGGUAUCAUGAGGUGCUGAUGAGCUGCCACCACGACCUGGUAUUUGUAGUUUGCCACUUGGUUGCUAUGGUUUCCACAUGUAUAAACCCUCUCUUUUAUGGCUUUCUCAACAAAAAUUUCCAAAAGGACCUGGUAGUGCUUAUUCACCACUGCUGGUGCUUCACACCUCGGGAAAGACAUGAAAAUAUUGCCAUCUCCACUAUGCACAGAGACUCCAAGAGGUCUUUAAGAUUGGCUCGUAUAGCAACAGGUAUAUGACAAUUGAUAAUGCUGAAGCUCUUCUUGAACGGGAGCUGGACAGGUAAUGGUGGGAAUAGCGCAAGAUGCAGAAAGAAGAAACCAGAACCAAAAAUAGCAACUUUAUACCCACUUUUCCUUUAGGCUAAGACUGCCUGUCUCAUAUGUCUAUCCAACACACCCUCCAACAUACACGAACACACAUACCACCCCUUUUCUCUUAAGAAAAUAACUCUAAUAAUUCAAACAACCUGGCCGCCAUCAUUUGUGGCAAAGAAUGAGAAUGAGAAAGCAGAGAGAGAGGCAAACAGCAGUGAUGGCUGGGGAACAAUGUUCACAGAUACUUUUAUUCAAUGGAAUAUCUACAAAAGUUAUGACUAAUGAUAUGCCUAGUAAAAACACUGCUAUACCUCCUUAGCACUGAAGCAAGUCUAUUCUCAGAUAUGAAAACUGUAACUUUCAAUCAUAUAACUAUUCAAUUAAUUAGCCAAGUCAGAAAAUCCCCCCUUAUAAUUCAUUAAUUAAUUAACAAACUAAGUUUGGACUAAAGUUGAAGGGCUGGUUUUAACUUAACAUUUAAACGAAGUGUUGUAAUUACAAUUAAUUCCCAUGCUUGAAUCAUAUCUCCAGUUUAUGAUAACAGUACAUUUUAUUCACUAAAAAUGCUAUUAGAACUGGCCACAAAUUCUUUAGCAUAGCAGUUAUGCUAGAAAUUGCUUUAACAAACUUAUUAAUGGCCAAUGUAGAUACAGCUUUCCUCACAAAGUGGCUUUUAAUCCCUAAUUCUUUAUGUAUAUUAAAUAGAGGUCAUUAUGACUCUAUUACUGGAUCUCAGAGACUUUGUCAGUAGCAUUUUUAUAAUUAGCGCCAGAUUUUUAAAACCUUCUCAUAUAUCUUGUGGCUUAAACAUUUUUAAAAGAGCCCUCAUCCCCAAAGAGUUACUUACACAGGGGAAUCAACUAGACUGUUCUCAAAAGACACUAAGCUACUGUUCAAAUGGCUAUUAACUGAAGUCACUUUUAUUAAAUUGUGACCAGCUUUACCACUUCUUAGAACAAACCUCCCCUAUAUCUAUCAAAUUUGAACUGCAGCUUAUUUGUAUGUUAAAAAUGUAACUGUAGGCUGGACUCAGCAACUUACACCUGUAAUCCCAGCCCUUUGGGAGGCCAAGGUGGAGGAUCACUUUUGCCCAGGAGUUGAAGACCAGCCUGAGCAACACAGUGAGACUCCAUCUCUACUAAAAAUACAAAAAAUUAGCCAGGUGUGGUCAUGCAUACCUGCAGUCCCAGCUACUUAGAUGAGAGGAAGGAUCACCUGAGCCUGGGAGGUCAAGUGAGUCAUGAUCACACCACUGCACUCCAACCUGGGUGAAAGAGUGAGACCCUGUCUCAAAAAAAAAAAAAUUUUAAGUAACUAUAUUUUCUUUUGAAUAAAAAGUAAUGUUUCUGGAAACAUCUGUGAUUUUUCUAUUGUGCUUUUUCUUGCACAUUAGCUUUCACAUUUUCCUCUCCUGAAAAUCUCUUUCUCUCUUCCUCUUUCCCUCCUUCCCUUAUUCUCUCUUUAUUCAUUCUCUUUAGGGUUUCUAUUCUCU